AUGGCGGACAAGAGCCCGGAGGCUUCAAAAGGUUUCGAGCUUUUUUACGUCGCCGCCGCAUCCGCAUGGCUCGGUUCGGUGGCCAUGGGCACAAACCUGGGCUACUCGUCGCCAGCCAUCCCGAGUUUGAAGCGCAAUGAUUCCAACUCGUUCACCCUGAGCGCCGGCGAGGAGACAUGGUUCGGCUCCCUCCUAACACUGGGGGCGCUGACGGGCGGACUGGUGGCAGGCUUCUUGGUCGAGAGCCUGGGUCGUAAGCUGGCCAUCAUUUUCUCUUCUUUGGGUUUCGUCGUGGGCUGGCUGCUUAUAGCGACGGCGGGCACUGUGCUCGUGCUCUGUUUGGGUCGCGUCAUCACGGGAUUUUUUACGGGCAUAAUUUCCCUGGCGGUGCCUGUGUACGUGUCCGAAAUCAGUCGACCCGAAGUGCGCGGCUUGCUCGGCACCGGCAUCCAGCUGUCGGUCACAAUCGGCAUUCUGGCGGUGUUCUUCUUCGGCAAGUACCUGAACUGGAGCUCACUGGCCAUUCUAUGCAUGACGGUGCCCGCCGCCAUGGCUGUGCUGAUGAUCUUCAUGGCCGAGUCGCCGCGCUGGCUGCUCCAGAAGGACAAGCGCGACGAGGCGCUCAAGGCACUCCAAUUUCUUUACGCCGGCUCGACCGACCAUGAAGCGGAACGGAAUGCCAUCGAGGCGAAUAUCAAGAUGAGCCCUAAGGAGAGCUUUCAAAUGAAGGAGCUCCAGCAGCCGUUCAUCUACAAGCCCAUACUGAUCAGCCUUUUCCUAAUGUUCGCACAGCAGUUUUCCGGAAUAAACGCUGUCAUGUUCUACGCGGUGGCUAUUUUCCAGUCAGCUGGCUCGACCAUCCCUGCCGAAGAUUGCAUGAUCAUCAUUGGUGUGGUCCAAGUGCUCGCCACGCUGGUGGCGACCAUGAUCAUGGACAAAGGAGGCCGCCGUGUUUUGCUGCUCGUGUCUGCGAGCAUGUUGGCUGUCAGUCUGGCCAUCCUGGGCGGCUACCACUACGUGAAGGAGACAAACGGUGAAGGCGCCGUCUCCAGCAUGGGCUGGUUGCCGCUCGUCUGCCUGUCGCUCUUCAUCAUCGGCUUCUCCUUCGGUAUGGGCCCGAUUCCCUGGCUCAUGAUGGGCGAGCUGAUGCCCAGCCGCGUGCGAGGCUUCGCUACCAGUAUCUGCACCUGUUUCAACUGGACGCUGGCGUUCGUGGUCACCAAGACUUUCAACGACAUGCUCAAUCUGCUCAGUACGUACGGUACCUACUGGUUCUUUUGCGGCUGCAUGCUGCUUUCCUUCGUGGUCGUCGUGCUCUUUCUGCCGGAGACCAAGGGAAAGACCCUGGAGGAGAUCGAACUUGCUUUCCGUGGCACCGAAGUGCCCAAGGCUGCCGGACAGGACGUCGAGGCCGUUGCCUUGAUCCCUGUCCGGGGCUCCGCUGCAGCUGAAGCACCGCACGCACCUUCGCCUAGCGUGCCCGCCAGACGCUCGUCGCACCGGCCGUCGCUCCCGCAACAAAUGGUCCAGCAGCCUAGUUCUGUAAUGCCGGCGGACCACCAGACACAGCCUCCGAUGCUGCCACAGUGGACGCCCCCAGCGCAAGCAGAACCAACGAAAUCGUCGCAGAUUGCGACUCCAUCCUCUGCGCCCCAGGAAGCCGAGCCGCCGCCUGUUGAGGCGCUGGAGAAAGCCAAGGAAAUGCCGCAGUAG